AAACGCCCUGAGUAAUGAGUGGCGUGGGCCAGGGCAGGCAGGAGGCUGGAGCCGGUGGCACAGGAGCGUGGACUGGUGGCCAGGGUGACUAUGGCAUCCUGCCCCAAAGAGCAGUACUGGGACUCCUUGACAAAAUCCUGUGUCUCCUGUGUCCCCUGCAGCCAGAGGAACCAGCGUAGCUGUACAGAAUUCUGCAAGUUCCUCAGUUGCCGCAGAGAGCAAGGCAAGUACUACGACCACCUCCUGGGCGUCUGUGUCAGGUGUGACGCCACCUGCACACAGCACCCUCAGCAGUGUGCACAGUUCUGUGAGAAAAAGGCCCGAAGCCAGGUGAACCUGCAGCCCGAGCUCAGGAGACCACAGGCUGAGGAGGUGGAAGCCAGGCCAGGCAAUUCAGGAAGGCACCAGGGAGCAGAGCAUGGAGGCUUGCAGGCAGCUUCAGCAUCCACCGGACUGAGGCUGAGCAGCGACCAACUGGCCCUCGUCUACUGCACCCUCGGGCUCUGCCUCUGUGCCAUAUUCUGCUGUUUUUUGGUGGCCUUGGCCUGCUUCCUCCGGCGUAAAGAGCCGCUUCCCAGCCAGUGUUCAGGGCCGCGUGGGUCACAGGCAAAGUCUCCCCACCGUCCUGAGAUGGAAGCUCGCAGCGAGAUAGCCUUGCCACCCCAGCCUGUCGAGACAUGUAGCUUCUGCUUCCCGGAGCGCAGGUCGCCCACACAGGAGAGUACUCGCACGCUCGGGAUUCUCGGCUUAGCGGGGACCGCAGCCCCGCAGCCUUGUGCGCGCGCAUCAAUUGGCGGCCUGGGCGUAGUGCGCGUGCCCAUCGGGGACGCGGGUCCCGGAGCUUGACAGUCAGAAAAGGAGGCAAUUAAAAGGAUGGAGUGCGAGAGGAGGGGAGGAAUGGAGAAGAGACGCGAAGAAGAAGACACGCGAGAGGCAGCCUGACUGCACCCAUCCACAAUGAAGCAACCACCCGCAGCGCCCACAUUCCCCAGAGACAUCUGUGCCAUUGUGUCCCAUACUUUAGGCAGACUAGUCAACCUGUGUGCUCCUCUUGAGUGGAGAAAGAUGGAGAAUGGUCGGCACCUGGAGCACUGUUCUCAUAGUUGUUACAAACAAGUGCUCUUCCCUAGGGCCUUCGGCAGAUAGUUGAGUGGAGUGCGUGUUUGUGAAUUAAGUAAUUUACAUGUGUGUGCAGGUGCUGGGUUGUGUCGUGUGCCUGUGUACAUGGAUUGUGUGUCUGUAUGAAUCGUGUGUACAUGUGCACUGUACGUACAUGUGUGAAUUUGGUGCAUGCAGGUAUAUGUUUUCACAUGUGUGUGCAGCCAAUGUGAUGUAGCCAGGAAGGUGAGGGCCUCCAGGUGAAGGCCAAAAGUCUAAAAAAAAAAAAAGAGUGUUUCCUGAACCUCAACAUGAGUAUGUUCAAGUUGCAUCCAUUUUUAAUGAGCACCUAUAUGUAUCAUUUUAGUUGCAUUUAAACCUCCAGGUGCACAAAAAUAUCCUCAGAAGCGUUUUCCCAGUAAGCUUAAGUAUGAAAUGGUACACAGUGAAAUUUCAUACUUCCUACACCAGUGCUUGGCAGACCUACCCAUCCCAAAAGCCACACAGCAAGUGCCCUGUUCUCACCAUCCAUAGCUAGUAGGCUGCACAGAGAUAAUGUUGCUAUUCACAGUAUAAGACGGAUGACAGCUCUGGUAACACAAAGUCCACAGAGAAGAACCCUGCAGUCAAGAGGUCCGCAGAAUAGGAUCUUCCUGAGGCUGCACAUGCCUGACGUUACACAUGGCAAGGUCUGUCUUUGGCUUCUCCUUACCCCGAUGUGGCCUUUCUGUCAUUCUACAUUCUGCCCUCCCCCCCCUCCCUUCCUUUCUCUCUGGGUUUAUUCUCCCUUUUAGAUUUCUUGUUAUGAUCCACCUAAUGGCUUCAUUUUGACCUCUGUGUAAAAACUCCAUCUCCAAGUAAGGCCACAUUGGAAGCACUAAGGGUUAGGAUUUCAACAUAAUGAGUUUUGGGGGACAAAUUCAACCCAUGACAGAGGCUCUGUGAGACCACCACUGCUUUAUCUUUGUUAACAAGAUAGCAUCUAACAAGCUCUUGUCCAAGAUGUGUCUUACCAAGUAUUGAAGCAGCCUACUCAUUACGGUGCCCACCAAGAUCAACGCCCUACAACAGGGUUGCUAGGAAGUCCCUGGUCCCUGCUACAGACCCAUGCUGGCUGUGUGCUGGCUUUGAAUGCCAGAUGUUUCUGGAACUGGAGGUGGGAGAGGAGAAAUGUCAAGACCCAGUGCUGAGCGCCCAGCCUCAGUGUCAGUCAAAGACACUCUCGAGAGUGCUCAGCUUUCCAGUGGAUCCUCUGUAAAUUUUCUUCCUUUCUCCUUGUGAAGAAAGGGCUCUUUUGCCACUUUUAUCUGUUGUGUUGGGUCAGCCUGAAGAACACAGCCCGAUUCCACUUGCACUGUCCCCUUAAAAACUUUAUUACUAUAUAGUAAUUGAAUAAAACUGAUUUUGCUGCAGCUUUUACAAACCUGUAUACAACGGGCUUUGGUAGUCCUCCCCUCCCCCAUAAUUCUCUCAUCUCCUUCCACUGGUAUCUUCUCUACACAAUGUCUUUAAAAAAUAUCUAGAUUUCAUAAAUGUGAGAAAACCUGG